AGUGGCCACUGCCUCGAAGUCAUGACCAUGCGGGCCCAAACGUUAUAGGAAAGGGGAAAAACAAAAACAAAAAAAAAAACAUGAAAAGUUGAAAGCCGAAUAAAAAACACUCCACCAUCUGCUACCAACUGUGUGAAUUCCAUUGGGACUUCCGUUGCCCUCCAUCACUCCGUGCGACAACCUGAAACUCCGCGUUGCACAACUGGAGGAUGGGCGCCGCAAGCGCGUCCGUGCUAAGCGCAUUCGUCGAAGAGCAUGCCGGGUUGGCGCAAAUGAGAGUGAUCUGUGAUUGGAAGCCUGGUCUUUCGCAGCGGACGCAGAGGAAGCAGCAAGAAAACAGACCCAAGGAAGGACCCCAGAUCCACAGAGCUAAACCAGGUCAGGCGUAUUCUGCAGCUCAGGCUGUAAUCAUGGAUGCGGACUCUCAUCUCUCUGGGAUCACACGCAGAUCAGAUACAGUUCGAUUUGGAAUUCUCGGGUGUGCAAACAUUGCACGCAAGAUAGUCCGUGCAUUGCACAUGGUGGAUGGCACAGAAGCAUAUGCGAUCGCGAGUCGUUCCCUCACUAAAGCUCAGAAGUUUGCUGAGGCUACACAAAUGAAACCUGGCCACAAGUGCUACGGUCACUACGAGGAGAUCCUAGAUGAUCCACUGGUAGACGUCAUCUACAUACCCCUGCCAUCUGGUCUUCACCGGGAGUGGGUACUGAAAGCGGCUGCCAAAGGAAAACAUGUUCUUUUGGAGAAGCCGGUGGCGUUGGAGUUGCGGGAGUUUGACGACAUGCGUUUAGCGUGCGGCAAAGCUGGUGUUCAACUCAUGGAUGGGACAAUGUUAAUGCACCACCCGCGCACGUAUGCCGUGAAGGACAUAAUAAAGGACAAAAGCCAGCUUGGCGAUUUGGUGUCCAUGUAUGCCGUUUGCUCGACGUUCCGGAACACCGAGGCAUUCAUGAAGAGCGACAUCCGAACACAGAAACACCUUGACGGGCUCGGGGCGCUGGGCGGCAAUGGGUGGUACUGCAUCCGUGCCAUGCUGUGGGCGAUGGACUACAAACUGCCCAAGGAGGUGUAUGCAUGGCCCCGCACCGUGCUCAACGAUGAAGGGGUGAUUAUGCAGUGCGGCGCGAACUUGUUUUGGGACAACGGAGUUGUUGGCAGCAUGGAGGCGAGCUUCAUGGCCGCGAUGCGUCUCACAUUCGAGGUUAGCGGCACCCAUGCAGUUGUGUCGAUGCCCGACUUUGUCCUCCCUGCGUCUGAGGAGACCGCAGUGUACGAGAUCAGGAAACUGACUGUGGACGAGUCACGGUUCUGGGGCAAGGUAGUCGAUGUGUAUGCUGAGGAGGUUCGUACGGAGCUGCCCCAGGAGGCUCUGAUGGUAGCGGAAAUGGCCAGGCUUGUCCGAGGCCUAAAGGACGGCACUGGAAGCGUCGACAGACAUUGGGAAGAGAUUGCAUGGAAAACCCAGCUGGUGCUGAAUGCAAUAGAGGAAUCCAUCAGGCUUGGUGGUGCACAGGUGAUUGUCCGAGCCCCAUAAGCAGAUGGAGCUGGCUCAGCACACCACACUAAGGGCAUACUAACACUAGAACGUUUUUUACUUGUUCGUCCGUGGACGUUCUUGCGGUCAGAUGCACCACGUCCAUCUAUAAAUGUUGUCAGAUACAUUUAAGAUGGAGCUAGUACCGAGUACACGCCUACCACUCCCUAAGCUACUCAAACUUUGUAAAAUUGUCGACAAGCAAUCAGAAGCUGGAAUGCUCACAUCGCAUGUCAAAGCGGGGUGAGGUGUGAAGAAAGCCGAGCCUCAGACAGAUGAUGGUAGUCGACAGACGCUGCUAAACGACAACGGUCACCAACUUGAGGGUCAGGCAGUGGGCUAGGCACCAUGGCAUGGCAUGGCAUGGCACAGAGAGGGGGAUGACAAGAAUCAAGGAGUGGGCCAGAC